GUUGUCUGGGAGCGUGGGGCGCGAGGCGGUGCAUGGCGGACGCGGUGCUGUUCGAGUUUCUGCACACCGAGAUGGUGGCGGAGCUGUGGGCCCGGGACCCAGACCCUGGCUCAGGGGGAAAGAAGAAGAGCCUGUCGGUCCUGGAGGGCCUGGGCUUCCGCGUGGGCCAGGCUCUGGGUGAGAGGCUGCCCCGGGAGUCACUGGCCUUUAAAGAGGAGCUGGAUGCCCUCAAGUUCCUAUGCAAAGACCUGUGGGCAGCCAUGUUCCAAAAGCACAUGGAUGGACUCCGAACCAACCACCAGGGGACCUACGUGCUGCAGGACAACAGCUUCCCCCUCCUCAUCACCAUGGGCUCGGGGUCACAGUAUCUAGAGGAAGCUCCCAAGUUCCUGGCCUUCACCUGCGGCCUCCUGUGUGGCGCCCUCCAUACGCUGGGCUUCCAGAGCCUAGUCACCGCCUCUGUGGCUGCCCUGCCUGCCUGUAAGUUCCAGGUGGUGAUUCAGAAGUCCUGAGGACCCCAGCCCACAAGAUGGUGGCACCGUGGCCCUGUCUCAGCGGUCACCUCUGCAGGUGGUCUUGUAGCUGGAGCUCACAGGCUCUAAGCUCAUCAUGUGCUUCAGACGAGGGAAUGGAAGGAGCCGGAGGGCCCCGAGGGGCAGGACGGUCCCAUGACUUCAGAAUGGACAUGGAGGACACUGGGGCAUCACCCACAUGACAAGUGUUCAAUAAAGGUUCUUUACACGGAAA